AUGUCAGACUGGUGGUACAGCAGGAUACCAGUGUCUGGGGGUACAGCAGGAUACCAGUGUCUGGGGGUACAGCAGGAUACCAGUGUCUGGGGGUACAGCGGGAUACCAGUGUCUGGGGGUACAGCGGGAUACCAGUGUCUGGUGAUACAGCAGGAUACCAGUGUCUGGUGUCGAUCGAUAUCGGCCCCCGACCAGACGGGUCAUUCUCUGGGUCAGAACCUGGAUGAGUCCCCUGACCUGGAGCCGUUCCUCCACGAACUUCAUGAUGAGGAGCAACAGCACCCUCUGCAGGACAACCCACUACCCAGCAUACCUCGUCACUCCCCCAGUCUGGAGCUGAUGGACACGACGGACCGCAAGCUGAAGAAGAAACGACGUAACAAACAGAGGAAACAUCAGAGAAACGGACAGUUUAAUGACCUCUGGGUUCGCAUCGAAGAGAGCACCACCGUCGAGUCCCCUCCUCCGCUGGUCCGUCUUAUUCAUGGUUACAUCACCGUACGGCCUCAUCACCACGACCACCAGAGAGGCCACGCCCACGCCAGAGCCAAUUACAACAGGUUGUUUUCAGGCUCCUCCGCCUCUACGCCCUUGUGUGUCUCCUGGUUACUUUUUACAGUGUUGGGUCACAUCUGGACUCUCUAGUAGCAGGUCUGUACAGGAGGCUACUGGUUCAAAACCCUCCUGCUAAUAUCUGGACUCUCUAGUAGCAGGUCUGUACAGGAGGCUACUGGUUCAAAACCCUCCUGCUAAUAUCUGGACUCUCUAGUAGCAGGUCUGUACAGGAGGCUACUGGUUCAAAACCCUCCUGCUAAUAUCUGGACUCUCUAAUAGCAGGUCUGUACAGGAGGCUACUGGUUCAAAACCCUCCUGCUAAUAUCUGGACUCUCUAAUAGCAGGUCUGUACAGGAGGCUACUGGUUCAAAACCCUCCUGCUAAUAUCUGGACUCUCUAAUAGCAGGUCUGUACAGGAGGCUACUGGUUCAAAACCCUCCUGCUAAUAUCUGGACUCUCUAAUAGCAGGUCUGUACAGGAGGCUACUGGUUCAAAACCCUCCUGCUCACAUCUGGACUAGUAGCAGCUCUGGUCUAAAGCACGAGUUUAUUGGUUCAAAUCCCUCCUGCUCACAAUGAAUCAUCUAUUUCAACACACAUUGGGGGCGAAUCCAAACUUUCCCUUACGUCAAAGUUUCAGUUAGUCUUGCAUUGAUGUCGAGUGACAAUGUGACUUAAAGGAAUACAUCAGGAUUUUGGCAAUUAAGCCAUUUAUGUACUUUCCCAGAGUCAGAUAAACUCAUGGAUACAAUUUGUAUGUCUCUGCAUCUAGUAUGAAGAAAUGUACAGGUAGUUUCGCGAGCCAAUGCUAACUAGCGUUAGCGCAAUGGCUGGAAGUCUAUGUUAUCUACUAGCGUGAAAUUGCGCUGACGCUAAUUAGCGACUUCCUUCAAACUUCCCUCAGGGGCAUGAAAAUGGUGUCCACAAGUUCAUCUGCCUCUGGAGAAGUAGAUAAAGGGCUUCAUUGCCAAAAUCCGGCAGCAUCCCUUUAAUGGAAGUUAGGAUUUGUCCAAAUCCAUCUCGACUGGAUCUUUUACGUGUUUAUUAUUUCAAAUGUUUUUUUGGUUUGUUUUUUUGUUUUACAGCAGCAAUGUAUUAUAAUAACCCAAGCGGCUCUUACUCUGACAAGGUUGUUUUCUUCCAAACCCCUUCAUUCAUUCAUUCUUCACUUUUUGAAGAAUGUGUUUUGUAUCGCAUAAUACUGUGGGAAUUGUAUAUAUCUACAUAUUAUAGAUUGUAUUUUUAGAAAUAUGACAUUUUGAUUGGUUGAAUGUGUUUUGUUUAUUGUUGUUGUUUAUAAAUAGAUACAGUAUAUUUUCUAGACUAAAGCUGGUACUAACCACCACAACCCGUAUUUGACAGCCUGGUUCCUGAUCUGUUUGUGCUGUCUUGGCAUUGACCAUCGGGCAAGGGUAUUGAAAUCCGAGCCUGGAGGUCCAUAAUACUGCUGGUUUUAUGUUCCACCUGAAAAUGUAUUUCAUCCACCUGGUGCCCCAGGUCUAAAUCGGUCCUUGAUUUAGAGGCAAUCAGCAGUGAAACUGGCUUCAAGGUCAAUGUUUUGAAUUGGCUAUGUUAUAGGAGUUGGCAAGACAGCACAAAUAUACCUGGAUCCAGGCUACAUAUCUCCUCUAGGUUGUAAUGUGACGUCUGGGAGAAACGAUCCAAACCAGUGUUAUCUAUGGCUUGUUGUCUGGGAGAAACGAUCCAAACCAGUGUUAUCUAUGGCUUGUUGUCUGAGAGAAACGAUCCAAACCAGUGUUAUCUAUGGCUUGUUGUCUGAGAGAAACGAUCCAAACCAGUGUUAUCUAUGGCUUGUUGUCUGGGAGAAACGAUCCAAACCAGUGUUAUCUAUGGCUUGUUGUCUGGGAGAAACGAUCCAAACCAGUGUUAUCUAUGGCUUGUUGUCUGGGAGAAACGAUCCAAACCAGUGUUAUCUACGGCUUGUUGUCUGGGAGAAACGAUCCAAACCAGUGUUAUCUACGGCUUGUUGUCGAGGAGAAACGAUCCAAACCAGUGUUAUCUAUGGCUUGUUGUCUGGGAGAAACGAUCCAAACCAGUGUUAUCUAUGGCUUGUUGUCUGAGAGAAACGAUCCAAACCAGUGUUAUCUACGGCUUGUUGUCGAGGAGACGAUCCAAACCAGUGUUAUCUAUGGCUUGUUGACUGAGAGAAACGAUCCAAACCAGUGUUAUCUACGGCUGGUUGUCUGAGAGAAACGAUCCAAACCAGUGUUAUCUAUGGCUUGUUGUCUGGGAGAAACGAUCCAAACCAGUGUUAUCUAUGGCUUGUUGUCUGAGAGAGACGAUCCAAACCAGUGUUAUCUAUGGCUUGUUGACUGGGAGAAACGAUCCAAACCAGUGUUAUCUACGGCUGGUUGUCGAGGAGAAACGAUCCAAACCAGUGUUAUCUAUGGCUUGUUGUCUGAGAGAAACGAUCCAAACCAGUGUUAUCUAUGGCUUGUUGUCGAGGAGAAACGAUCCAAACCAGUGUUAUCUAUGGCUGGUUGUCUGAGAGAAACGAUCCAAACCAGUGUUAUCUACGGCUUGUUGUCGAGGAGAAACGAUCCAAACCAGUGUUAUCUACGGCUUGUUGUCUGGGAGACAAUCCAAACCAGUGUUAUCUACGGCUUGUUGUCGAGGAGACGAUCCAAACCAGUGUUAUCUAUGGCUUGUUGUCUGAGAGACGAUCCAAACCAGUGUUAUCUAUGGCUUGUUGUCUGGGAGACGAUCCAAACCAGUGUUAUCUAUGGCUUGUUGUCUGCGAGAAACGAUCCAAACCAGUGUUAUCUAUGGCUUGUUGUCUGAGAGACGAUCCAAACCAGUGUUAUCUACGGCUUGUUGACUGGGAGAAACUAUCCAAACCAGUGUUAUCUAUGGCUUGUUGACUGGGAGAAACUAUCAAAACCAGUGUUAUCUAUGGCUUGUUGUCUGGGAGACGAUCCAAACCAGUGUUAUCUAUGGCUUGUUGUCUGGGAGAUGAUCCAAACCAGUGUUAUCUAUGGCUUGUUGUCUGGGAGAAACUAUCCAAACCAGUGUUAUCUAUGGCUUGUUGUCUGGGAGACGAUCCAAACCAGUGUUAUCUAUGGCUUGUUGUCUGGGAGAAACGAUCAAAUCCAGUGUUAUCUAUGGCUUGUUGUCUGAGAGAAACGAUCCAAACCAGUGUUAUCUAUGGCUUGUUGUCUGAGAGAAACGAUCCAAACCAGUGUUAUCUAUGGCUUGUUGUCUGGGAGAAACGAUCCAAACCAGUGUUAUCUAUGGCUUGUUGUCUGGGAGAAACGAUCCAAACCAGUGUUAUCUAUGGCUUGUUGUCGAGGAGACGAUCCAAACCAGUGUUAUCUACGGCUUGUUGACUGGGAGAAACGAUCCAAACCAGUGUUAUCUACGGCUGGUUGUCGAGGAGACGAUCCAAACCAGUGUUAUCUACGGCUUGUUGUCUGAGAGAAACGAUCCAAACCAGUGUUAUCUAUGGCUUGUUGUCUGAGAGAAACGAUCCAAACCAGUGUUAUCUACGGCUUGUUGUCAAGGAGACGAUCCAAACCAGUGUUAUCUAUGGCUUGUUGACUGAGAGAAACGAUCCAAACCAGUGUUAUCUACGGCUGGUUGUCGAGGAGAAACGAUCCAAACCAGUGUUAUCUAUGGCUUGUUGUCAAGGAGACGAUCCAAACCAGUGUUAUCUAUGGCUUGUUGUCAAGGAGACGAUCCAAACCAGUGUUAUGUAUGGCUUGUUGACUGGGAGAAACGAUCCAAACCAGUGUUAUCUACGGCUGGUUGUCGAGGAGACACGAUCCAAACCAGUGUUAUCUAUGGCUUGUUGUCUGAGAGAAACGAUCCAAACCAGUGUUAUCUAUGGCUUGUUGUCGAGGAGAAACGAUCCAAACCAGUGUUAUCUAUGGCUGGUUGUCUGAGAGAAACGAUCCAAACCAGUGUUAUCUACGGCUUGUUGUCGAGGAGACGAUCCAAACCAGUGUUAUCUACGGCUUGUUGUCUGGGAGACAAUCCAAACCAGUGUUAUCUACGGCUUGUUGUCGAGGAGACGAUCCAAACCAGUGUUAUCUAUGGCUUGUUGUCUGAGAGACUAUCCAAACCAGUGUUAUCUAUGGCUUGUUGUCUGGGAGACGAUCCAAACCAGUGUUAUCUAUGGCUUGUUGUCUGCGAGAAACGAUCCAAACCAGUGUUAUCUAUGGCUUGUUGUCUGAGAGACGAUCCAAACCAGUGUUAUCUACGGCUUGUUGACUGGGAGAAACUAUCCAAACCAGUGUUAUCUAUGGCUUGUUGACUGGGAGAAACUAUCAAAACCAGUGUUAUCUAUGGCUUGUUGUCUGGGAGACGAUCCAAACCAGUGUUAUCUAUGGCUUGUUGUCUGGGAGACGAUCCAAACCAGUGUUAUCUAUGGCUUGUUGUCUGGGAGAAACUAUCCAAACCAGUGUUAUCUAUGGCUUGUUGUCUGGG